AUGGCGACAAUUCGGCAUGCGCGCAAGGAGGAUGCGCCUACAAUCGUGCAGCUUAUCCAGGAGCUUGCCGACUAUGAGAAAGAGCCCGACGCAAACAAGGCUACCGUCGAGAGCAUCGAGGCCACCAUCGCCUUUGCGCCGUCCGAUUCGCCCGAUGUUGACGCUUCCAUCAUCCCCGACACGGAACCGAUUGCGCCAACUCGACCUGCCCGAUGCUUGCUCCUUUUCUCCCCCGAGGGCGUCGCCGUAGGCAUGGCCUUGUAUUUCUACAACUAUAGCACGUGGCGGUCCAGCGCAGGCAUUUACCUCGAAGAUCUCUUUGUGCGAGACUCGGAACGCGGCAAGGGAUACGGCAAGAAGCUGCUCAGCACUCUGGCCAAGCAAGUCCUUGCUAUCAAGGGGGCUCGUCUUGAUUGGGUGGUUCUCAAGUGGAACGAGCCCAGCAUCAAGUUCUAUGAGAGCAUUGGCGCCUAUGCGAUGAACGACUGGGUCGGCAUGCGAGUGGAUGGCGAUGGCUUGAACAAGCUGGCCAACCUGACGGAUUAA